ACCUUUCUAUGUCUAAAAAACAACAUAAAAGUAUUAAUUUAUGUUUGUUUAUCUUUUUAUAAUACAUUUUAUACCAACAAAAAUAGUGCCUUCCCAAAAAAAUCACAUGGCUUAUUUCCCCUGAAUACUCUCGAAAAGGUGUGCGUUUUAUCUACAUAUUGUAAUUUUCACAAGCGAUUUAUCACCGAUUAUCACACGUCUGGAACAUGUAACUAGCAAACUCAAAAAUAAGGAAUACCAAUUAAAUAAUUAUAAUGGAUAUUGAGUUUGAUGAGGAAUUAGACGGCAUUGAGGAGAUUGAUCAUACUGAUGUUGAUUCUGUACGGCCAUACAUGUACGAACCGGCGGUACCGGUUACGGACGAAACUGAUUCAACUGACACUGAAUCAGACAGUGAUGUUGAUCCCCUAGAACAUUCUGGCACAGAUCCUAACAAAUGGUGAGCUCUUUCAUAAGAUUUUAAAUGAAUUAUUAAUUCUUUUCAUCAUUACAAAUCUCUGCCUUUAUAGAGAGAAAACGUAUUACCCCACCCACUUUUGAAACUAUCGUUACCGUAUGACGAAUUACAUGGCGGCAUUUACAUAACAAUUUAGUCAAGCUUUUUUUUCAAAGUAAUGUAUACUUUUAAAUUUUGAAUUAAAAAUGCAUUGCAUAAAUGACUAUAUAAUAACAGUUAAAUUCAUUUUCGUAUUGUAUUUUCCUGGCUGAAUCUACAAUAGAACAAUUAUUUGACUGGCAUAUUAACAUUGUUGUAAAAUGCAUAUCUUUUUGCUUGGCAUUUUUAGGUGCACAUGUGGUCUCUGUUCUCGAAUGCCAACAUUCUUGGAAUCAGGAUGCUGUCAGGAGAAUGACAUAGUGAAGUCAAAAAUGGAAGAUCUACACUGUAUUACUGAGCAUGAAGGCUUUAUUGCAAAUUGUCUCAACAUUCAUGUCUUAGAGGCCUCGUAUUACGAGUUUGUACAGAGUGAGGGUUACCCUUUGGAAGGCCAACCCAUACAUGAGACUUAUCGCUAUCUGGCCUACAGAAGGUUUGUGAGAUGGAUUUUUCACACAUUGCCAAAGAAGAUGCGGAAAGUUCUACCAGCUUGUGUGGUUACCAGCAUAAGGACAAAAUUUCCAUCAGAGACGUACUGUGGUUUCAAAUACCCUACGAUGUAGAACUUUUCAGUGUCAGUUUGUGAUUUACUUUGGAUUUAUUUCAGUUAUUUACCUAUUAUUGAAUUGUUUUUCAAAGCCAUUACAAAUACAGAUCAGCACAGUUUUCUGUUGUUAUCUCUCAUCAUUGUCCUUUUUUUAAAGGACAAGAGGCCAUGAUCAUUGAUGUCAUUUUAUACUGAAUACAUACAUAUACCAGCAGUUCGAAAGAUUCA